AUGGACUCUUCCAACUCACCUGAUCCCACACCAUCUUUUGACUUUAGAUCCACAACUCAGAACAGCAACUUCUUGAGAAGCCUCUCCACAAAAGAAAACCCUCUCACAAAGCUACUUCAAUCCCCUCCUCGCCUCUCAUGUCCUACGCUUUCGCGCAGCCUCCAAACCUCUCCGGUUUCCUCUCCUCUCCAUCAUCGUCAUCAUCAGAACUAUACUCCUUCUUCUUCCCCUACAAAGCUCUCUCACCAUUGUGACCCUCAAACCACAUACCACUGCGCCUCCUCUGUCCUCAGAAACGAUGGACAGAUCCUCUCCAUCGCCCUCUCCUCCAACGGCCUGGUCUACACCGGCUCCGAAUCCAACCUUGUCAGGUUGUGGAAGCUCCCUGAGUUCACCGAGUACGGCCAACUGAGGACCAAGGCUUGCAGGGUGGUGGCUCUUGAGGUGUCCAACGACACGGUUUAUGCAGCUUAUGCUGAUGGCAAGAUUAGAGUAUGGAGAAGAACUUGGGAUAAGGUUUUGAAGCAUGUUCGUUUGGCUUCCAUACCUAAGACUGUUGGCUAUGUCCGCAGCUACAUCGCCGGCAAAGACAAGACAAUGAAGCAUAAGGGGCUAAUCACAUCAAUGGCGAUUAACACAGCAGAGGACAUUCUAUACACUGCUUCCCUAGACAAAACAGUCAAAGUAUGGCGAAUCUCUGACUUGAAGUGCAUAGAGACAAUCAAAGCUCACCCGGAGCCAAUCAAUGCCAUCAUUGUAGCUGAUGAUGGAGUUCUCUACACUGCCUCCGACGACGCCACGGUCCGAGUUUGGCGGCGCAACUUCUGCAGCCACGACCAGCCCCAUUCCCUGACAGUUACCUUGCACGCCAAGCAUUCUCCUGUAAAAGCCUUGACGCUUACCCCGGACGGCGCCAUCUUGUACGGCGGCUGCACGGACGGCUACAUACACUACUGGCUAAAGGGUUGGUUUGCAGGGCAAUUGCAAUAUGGUGGUUCAAUCCAAGGCCACACUCAUGCAGUUAUGUGCUUGGCUAGUGUGGCUAAGUUCAUGGUUAGUGGUUCAGCUGAUUCAACAAGCAGGGUUUGGGCUAGGGAGCAAGAUGGCCAACACACUUGUUUAGCCGUUCUUGUUGGCCAUAGAGGCCCAAUUCGGUGUGUAACUGCUUUCAUUGGAGGAAGGUUGGUUGAUGAUAACAUUGAAGAUACUUGCACUGUUUGCACUGGUAGCCUUGAUGGUGUCUUGAAGCUUUGGCGUGUCACUCAUUCCAAGAAUCUCGAUACUAAUCAUAAUCACUGCUCUUCACAUUCUGCUGCUAAGUAUUUUGAACUCUAA